CGAGUCCAGAAGCCGACAAGCGGAGGUUAGAGUUUUUCUCUUCCCGCUAAAAGGUCCACAUCAGCUGCCCCCAAGCCCCAUAUUCUUCCCCAUUCUCACUACGCUCUAGGGGACACCGCGCGCUAGCAGUGAAAACUUCGAAUUGCGCAAUCGGAGCCUUGUAAGAAAAAAAUGAUGGUACCUAGAUUUAAUAAAGAUCUUGGUUCUUGGCGAUGGAACAUUCUUCACUCCACAUUCUCUGUUUCUUUUGGUGAUAUCAACAUGACGUCUAAGGAUUUUGACGUUGAUGCUAUUCAGGCUGCUCCGCCUGUGGUGCAGAACCAUGAGACGGAUGAUGAGAAGCCUGUUCUCAACACCGGUGGGCAUGGACCUACGCAGCGAAGGUUGAAGGGUUAUCAUAUCACUUGGAUUGGUCUUUGCAGUGGUAUUGGUACUGGUUUGUUUAUUGGAACUGGUUCAGCUUAUGCCAGCGCUGGUCCGGCUGGUUUGCUUCUGGCGUAUAUCGUUGUUGGGGCUGUUCUUUGGUGUGUUAUGCAGAGUAUCUCUGAGCUCGCGACUCUGUUCCCUACCGCUGGUUCAUUCCCUCAUUGGGCUACUCGCUUCAUUGACCCUUCAGUCGGUUUCUCGUUGGCCAUCUCAUACGGUUACUGUUAUACCAUCGCCAUCGCAUCCGAAUGUUCAGCCGCCGCCGUUCUCGUCAGUUACUGGACCGAUCUCACUCCUGCCGUCGUCAUCACCAUCAGUCUUGUUCUCAUCCUAUGGAUCAACUUAAUGAGCGUUCGAUUCUUCGGUGAGACGGAGGUCGUGACUGGUGGCAUCAAGGUCCUCUGUUUCCUCGGUCUCGUCAUUGUCGCCAUUGUAAUCACUGCUGGCGGUGGUCCCAACCAUAAGUCAAUCGGUUUCAAGUACUGGAACAACCCUGGUGCUUGGGUCGACUACAAUGGCAUCACUGGCUCAACAGGGCACUUCCUCGGCUUCCUCUCCGCCUUCGUCAACGCCUCCUUCUCUUUCGUUGGUGUUGAGACCGUCGUCAUCACUGCCGCCGAGUCCGUCAAUCCUCACAAGGCUAUCCCCAAGGCUGCCAACCGUGUCACCUACCGUAUCGGCUUCUUCUACGUCCUCGGUGCCCUGUUGAUCGGCUUGAUUGUCGACCCUAGGAAUGCUGACCUUGUGUCUGGUUCUGGUAACGCUAAGAGUUCGCCCUGGGUCAUCGCCAUUCAAACCGCUGGCAUCAAAGUUCUCCCUUCGAUCGUCAACGCCUGUAUCCUGGUUUCUGCUUGGUCCGCCGGUAACUCUUACUGCUGGGUUGGCUCUCGUAUGAUCCUCGCCAUGACUACCGACCGACAACUUCCUCAGUUCUUCGGUCGCACCACUUCAAACGGUGUCCCCUACGUCGCAGUUAUCACAGCCUGGUUGUUUGGACCCUUGGCGUAUCUGAGUCUUGGUUCUGGUGGUGCUGCUCAAGCAUUCUCCUGGCUUCUCAACCUCAGCACAGUCGCAGGCCUCAUCGCAUGGGGAACACUCUGCUUCUGCUACCUCCGCUUCUAUCGCGCCAUGAAGGUUCAAGGCAUCGACCGUAAUACCCUCCCAUGGAAGGCACCUUGGCAGCCCUACACCGCCUGGUUCGGCGGUAUUGGUUCCAUCAUCAUUACUCUCGUUGCUGGAUUCCCUGUCUUCCUCAAGGGUAACUGGAAGACAGCCGAUUUUGUUGCCUCUUAUGUUGGCAUCCCAAUCUUCAUUGUUCCCAUCAUCGCAUGGAAGCUGUAUCACCGCACCAAGGUUUUACGGGCACACGAAAUUGACUUGUGGUCUGGCCGUCUGGCUGACGAUGCCAUCUCAGCCCCAGACACUGAGCGUGAUCAUGUUUAAGCAUUAUGCUCGCAUUACGGAUCUUAGAGAAUUGUUAUCUCGAAGAGUUCUUUAUGGAACUCAUAGACUAAACUUAGAAUUAAUCACUUAACAUUGGAAGCGUAUAUAGACAAGCGAUAUCAGCGCAAAUAGAACUGGACUUUCUCACCUGACAACAUCCGCAAUUUGGUGG